CUUCCCGCUGGAGCUAGCCAGCACGCCAAGCUCUAGCCAAAGCCUCAAACUCACGAAUAUCGACCUAUCUCGACGAUGCUAGCGCCGACGCGUAACAACUACAGAUUUCCCGAACCCCGGUUGAUCGACUUGGUGCAACAAAGUGUAGAUGCAGCAUGCUUGACUGCGGAUCGCCUAUCGUCUCGGCAUAGAUUUCGGCAGCCACUGCCCACUCAGACUGUCCAGCACCAGACAAAAACUCUUGGUUGAGACUUGGUUCGUAGAG